AUGACUACUACUACUAAAGACAGAGAAUUUCGAAAAAAGCCUUCUAUGGUUCAUAAUAUAAUUAGUAAAGAUCCGGAUGCGAUUUUUACUCCUGAAAAGGAUCACUAUUAUUUGUAUAUUGCUUGGGGUUGUCCAUGGGCUCAUAGAACUGUUAUUACACGAGCAUUGAAAGAGCUUGAAGACAUUAUUGGAUUGAGCGUUGUUGAUUACCUUAUGGAUGAGAAAGGAUGGAAAUUUAGCACUCUUGAAGAAACUCCUAGGUGUAUUCCAGAUACUAUUUUUGAUAAAAUUAACUCUAGCCCUUUUAAAUGUGGAUUUGCUGAAACUCAAGAUACUUAUAUAAGCCAUAUUGGACCUCUGUUCAAAGCUCUGGAUAAUGUGGAAGCCAUUCUUUCCCAAAAUAAGUUCCUUGUUAGAAACACUUUAACUAAAGCUGACAUUAGGCUUUUUGUUGACAUU